CCACCAUCAGUAUCGGACUUUGUAGCAAUACACAAAGGCUGCUUCUGUUUCAAAUCAUCUUCCUCUUUGGAUUUAUCACCGGUCAAAUCCUUCCUCCCCUCCCUUCCCGGUCUCUUUAUUUUAUUCGAUUCACAAUUUCAGGAUUUGGUUGAAAAUUGAGCGUCACGGAAAACGUGACUGAUAAGGUGUAUGUACUGUAAGUUAUUGUAGAAAGGAUCAAAUAGAAAUUGUAUUAUAAUAAUGGGGGUGAAACAAGUUAUAAAGAAUCUGGAUGCGUUUCCGCGUGCAGAAGAACAUUUGUUACAGAAAACACAAUCCGGCGCUAUAGUUUCAAUCGUAGGUUUAAUUAUAAUGGUAACGUUAUUUCUGCAUGAGUUGACAUACUAUAUAUCUACGUAUGAAGUUCACGAGAUGUCAGUUGACCUGAAACGUGGAGAAACACUACCAAUUCAUAUAAACAUGUCAUUCCCUUCUUUACCUUGUCAAGUUUUGAGCGUAGAUGCUAUUGACAUGUCUGGCAAACAUGAAGUGGAUUUAGAUACAAAUAUAUGGAAGCUUCGGUUGAGUAAAGAAGGAGUGAUCAUCGGGACAGAGUAUAUUUCUGAUCUAGUAGAAAAAGGGCAUACAUCUCAUAAGCAUGGGAAUGAGUCUGAUCAUCACGAUGAUUCAGACAAGAAGGUUCAUCUGGAUAAGUUUGACGAUGAGGCUGAAAAUAUGAUUAAGAAGGUCAAACAAGCAUUAGCUAAUGGAGAAGGUUGCCGGGUUUAUGGAGUGUUGGAUGUUCAACGAGUUGCUGGAAACUUCCAUAUUUCAGUUCAUGGUUUGAACAUUUUUGUUGCACAGAUGAUUUUUGAAGGAGCUACCCAUGUCAAUGUUAGCCACGUGAUUCAUGAUUUGUCUUUUGGGCCAAAGUAUCCGGGACUGCACAAUCCUCUUGAUAAUACUAACAGAAUUCUCCAUGGUGCAAGCGGAACAUUUAAAUACUACAUAAAGAUUGUUCCAACCGAGUAUAAAUACAUAUCUAAAGAAGUCUUGCCUACCAAUCAGUUCUCUGUUACCGAGUAUUUCUCUCCAAUGAAUGAAUACGACAGGACAUGGCCAGCGGUUUACUUCUUGUAUGACCUCUCGCCAAUUACUGUUACCAUCAAGGAAGAACGACGCAGUUUUCUCCACUUCAUAACUCGGUUAUGUGCAGUGCUUGGCGGAACAUUUGCUUUAACAGGAAUGCUUGACCGGUGGAUGUUUAGAUUUCUGGAGUCUGUGACAAAACCCAAUUCCAGGCGUUCCAUGAGGUAGAAAUUGCCAAAGUUGCUGGGAAAUUAGAAAGCAAGUCCAUAUCAGAGAAAAUGUGCCCCCGUUUACCUUUUACCAACUUUAGUAUUUGAUAUCCUUGUGUAGCAAUAUUUAUUUGGUAAAUGUGUUAUCUAACUACAGAUCUGUUGGUUUAAUCAAAGCAACAUUUUUCGAUU